UGACCCGUCCUCCCAGAGAAAUCAUUAAACCACAAGGAUUCAGACAGAGCCCAGAGCCCUGAAAACUUUGGCCACGCACUUUCCCGCAGGAGCCACAGGCACCGGCAACUUCAGAGAGCCAGAUAAAAGUGGAAUGAGGAAUGCAGCCGUUCUGAACACCACCCUCCAUUUCAUUCUGGAACCGGGAAGGUACACCCAGGCAUGACAAUAGCUUCUCUCCUCACAGAAAAUUAACUGACGGAGUCUCGCUCUGUCGCCCAGGCUGGAGUGCAGUGGUGCGAUCUCGGCUCACGUUCCCUAGAUCAUCGAUGAAGGAACAGGAACUGAUUGUACCAAAACACUUAUACGAUUUCUUCAUUCUCCAUUUAGCAAGGUCAUGGAAGAUUUGGAGGAAACAUUAUUUGAAGAAUUUGAAAACUAUUCCUAUGACCUAGACUAUUACUCUCUGGAGUCUGAUUUGGAGGAGAAAGUCCAGCUGGGAGUUGUUCACUGGGUCUCCCUGGUGUUAUAUUGUUUGGCUUUUGUUCUGGGAAUUCCAGGAAAUGCCAUCGUCAUUUGGUUCACGGGGUUCAAGUGGAAGAAGACAGUCACCACUCUGUGGUUCCUCAAUCUAGCCAUUGCGGAUUUCAUUUUUCUUCUCUUUCUGCCCCUGUACAUCUCCUAUGUGGCCAUGAAUUUCCACUGGCCCUUUGGCAUCUGGCUGUGCAAAGCCAAUUCCUUCACUGCCCAGUUGAACAUGUUUGCCAGUGUUUUUUUCCUGACAGUGAUCAGCCUGGACCACUAUAUCCACUUGAUCCAUCCUGUCUUAUCUCAUCGGCAUCGAACCCUCAAGAACUCUCUGAUUGUCAUUAUAUUCAUCUGGCUUUUGGCUUCUCUAAUUGGCGGUCCUGCCCUGUACUUCCGGGACACUGUGGAGUUCAAUAAUCAUACUCUUUGCUAUAACAAUUUUCAGAAGCAUGAUCCUGACCUCACUUUGAUCAGGCACCAUGUUCUGACUUGGGUGAAAUUUAUCAUUGGCUAUCUCUUCCCUUUGCUAACAAUGAGUAUUUGCUACUUGUGUUUCAUCUUCAAGGUGAAGAAGCGAAGCAUCCUGAUCUCCAGUAGGCAUUUCUGGACAAUUCUGGUUGUGGUUGUGGCCUUUGUGGUUUGCUGGACUCCUUAUCACCUGUUUAGCAUUUGGGAGCUCACCAUUCACCACAAUAGCUAUUCCCACCAUGUGAUGCAGGCUGGAAUCCCCCUCUCCACUGGUUUGGCAUUCCUCAAUAGUUGCUUGAACCCUAUCCUUUAUGUCCUAAUUAGUAAGAAGUUCCAAGCUCGCUUCCGGUCCUCAGUUGCUGAGAUACUCAAGUACACGCUGUGGGAAGUCAGCUGUUCUGGCACACUGAGUGAACAGCUCAGGAACUCAGAAACCAAGAAUCUGUGUCUCCCGGAAACAGCUCAAUAAGUUAUUACUUUUCCACAAAUCAGUAUAUGGCUUUUUAUGUGGGUCCUCUGACCGAUGCUUUCAGAUUAAAAUUGUUUCCAAGAUAGAGAGCCGACUCCACUUUCAUAGUUAUUGUUUCUGGUCACUAUACAGGCAUCGCAUUUUUGUGUGGAUAUGAAACUUAGGAAGGAUCCUCUUGACUCCUUGUGAUGUGGCAAUAAAUUUUUUUUAAAAAACUGAAAAUACUUGGGAAGGAUCCGCAUAAUUUUUUUCUGCAACUUAAAUGAAAUGCAUCAUUCUUGUUAAUUAUACCAUGGUGAAUUAAUCACUUUUGAAGCAAUAUCAGUUAUUUUUUAAAUAAUAACUUUUCUAAAGCCUUAAGUCUUAAUAUUAAAUAUAUGAUUAGCCAGGCAUGGUGGCUCACACCUGUAAUCCCAGCACUUUGGGAGGCCAAGGUGGGGGGAUCACCUGAGGUCAGGAAUUCGAGACCAGCCUGACCAACAUGGAGAAACCCCGUCUCUACUAAAAGUACAAAAUUAGCCGGUCAUGGUGGUGCAUGUCUGCAAACCCAGCUACUUGGGAGGCUGAGGCAGGAGAAUCACUUGAACCUGGGAGGCAGAGGUUGUGGUGAGCCAACAUCACACCAUUGCACUCCAGCCUGGGCAACAAGAGUAAAACUCUGUCUCAAAAAUAAAUAAAUAAAAUAGAUAAAUAAAUAUAUGAUUAACUAAUUUUAAAAAUGUUAAAAUGUAUUCUUAAAUUCAUUUUAAUUUUGUACAAUAACCUGCUAGACACAUUUUUAAAAUGCAACGUGUACUUAAUUUCUUUAUGUAAUCUAUGUAUAUACAUUUAUGAAUUAAAGUAAUUGUUGGUUAUCUUAAAA